CCUUACACGAGACAAUAUUAUUGUCAAUACGAGGAGUAUUGACAAUACUUUUGAUCGUGUAAUGGAAACUCCAUCGGAUUGACGAAAAUAUUGUCAAAAAAUCAAAACUGCUCAUCAAUCCGACAAUACUUUCUCUCCAGAGAGGAAACUGUCAAAUAUGUGCAAUGAACUCAUCUCUAAAUAUUUCAAUGUUCAUUUGCAAUAUUUGAAGCUCCAAACGCUUGAUUUUCUCGAAAAAUGCGGACUCAAGUUACCAAGUCAAUUGGAUUGACGGUAUUGACAAUACUUUGGAUUGACAAUAAUAUUGUCACGUGUAAGGGCUGCUAUAUAACUAAAUACGUCGAUUCGAUUAAACGGUCUUCAAAUCGCCGGAGUAACGUCAAACGAAAAAGAAUGGAUGACGUAGCCUCGAUGAAAAAUGAAAAUGUUAACCUACGUAAAAUUCAGGCUAAACUGCUCCAAUGGGAACAGAAGGAUAAUCCACUAGCUCCGCUCAGCUCCACCCAGAACGAGUUUAUCAACAAAUUGGCCGAUUCGCUGGGAGGAGGAGCCAAUCCGAAAACCGAUACAUCCGAAGCUAAUACAGAAACAAACACAUCGUUGGAUGAAUUCAAGCUCACGGAUAGUGCCAUAGAUUCUACGCAGGAUUUUUUGUCAUGGUAUAAUUCCGUUGAUUCCGAAAUUUUGGAACAUUUUGACGAUAUUUAUUUAGAUUACUAUAAUCAAUUGAAGACACGGUCGUCCGAAUGUGGCAAACUACUGGAGGAAAUUGACAUUUCCUUAGAAGCUCUUCAGAAACUCACAAACGAGUACAAUUUUGUUUCGGAGAAAACAUCUUCGUUGCAUCAGGCCAGCGAAAAUCUGCUACAAGAUCAGUCCAAACUAAACGAAAUCGGCGAAGAUAUUCGCAAGCGGCUAAAAUAUUUCACCCAAGCAGAGAGCAUAUCGCAACGAUUACAGAAUCCAACAUUUUCUGUAUCGAAUGACACGUUUGUCGAUAUCCUAAAUUCGAUCGAUGAGUGUCUGGAGUACAUGCGCGUUAAUCCCGGUUUCAGCGAGGCAUCAGCUUACAGCAUCAAGUAUCGUAACUGUCUUUCGAAAGCUACUCAAAUGAUGAAGAAUUACGUUGGCACAAUUUUGAGCAAUGCCACAGCUCAGAUAUUAGUUCCGCGAGCGGGUUCCAAAGAGACGGUCGAUCAGGGUGUAGAGGCAGCAUUUGCGUUGUUCUACGGAAAAUUUCAAGCGUCGGCACCGAAGGUUAAGCGCAUAACGGCGAUCAUCGAGGAACGGCUUGACCGAAGCGUGGAGUACGAACAAAUGCUGGCGGCAUUGCAUCAGCACUUUCUGGCCCAACGAGCGAUGAUCAUGAGUUCGGGCGUUGAACAAGCGAUUCGGGAUCUCAGUAAAAAGCACAAAGGUGACCACUGUGCAUUGGUACGCUCGGCUUGUGCAUUCAUGGUGCAUGUUUGCCAAGAUGAACAUCGAUUGUUCUAUCAAUUUUUCAGUAACCCGAGUGUGCAAUUAACAGUUUACAUGGAAGGACUAUGCACAAUUCUUUACGAUACUUUGCGACCGUUCAUUAUCCGUAUCGAUCACUUGGAAACGUUAGCUGAAAUCUGCAGUAUCCUUCGGGUAGAGAUGCUAGAUGAGCACGUCAACUACAACCCCGAUUCUCUGGAAGCGUUCGCAAAAAUAGUCUACCAACUGCUGCAGGAUGUUCAGGAACGAAUUGGUUUUCGAGCUCAAAGUUAUCUUGAAUCGGACAUCCUCCACUAUCGACCCUCGGCUGGUGAUCUUGCCUAUCCGGAAAAGCUAGAAAUGAUGGAAAGCAUCGCACAAUCCCUGCAGGAAAACUAUUUGAGGCGUGCUGAUUCGCGUAGUUCAAUUGUUUCUAUUGCAUCGCUGGCCUCUCAGGAAGUGGAUAGCAUCAAUCAGCAGGCCGAACAAGCGACACGAGUCCGCGGCAUCGGGAAUUCGCCAGCCGAUUUGCACGGUAUGUGGUACCCGACGGUUCGCCGAACGCUGGUCUGCCUAUCGCGUCUGUAUCGUUGCAUCGACCGGGCCAUCUUCCAAAGUUUGUCGCAACAGGCACUGGUCUACUGCAUACAAAGCGUGUCUAGUGCGGCCGGUCAGAUUGCUCAGAAGAAAUCCUGCAUUGAUGGUGAACUAUUUGAAAUAAAGCAUCUGCUUAUUUUGAGAGAACAAAUAGCUCCGUUUCGUGUGGAUUUCACAGUCAAGGAAACCAGCUUAGACUUUAGCAAGAUGAAAACGGCUGCUUUCGAAUUGUUGCAAAAGAGGAAACAAUUAUUUUCGCUUGGGUCCAACAACGCCCUGCUGGAGUUUUUGCUGGAUGGAACACCUCAGGUCAAAGAGCAACUGUUGGACUCUCGGAAAGAUGUCGAUCGACAGCUGAAAACCGUUUGUGAAACGUUUAUUAAGGAUGCCACACGACAACUAGUCGGUCCCAUAUUGAAUUUUCUGGAAAUAGCUCAAAACCACUUGAAACAGGGUGUGACAGCGGCUACGCCUGGAUCAAAACCGCAGGGUAUGGCACUGCGGAUGGCUCCAUUUGCCGCUCCACAGCAAAUUAGUUCUAUCAUCCAAGAAAGUGUUCGAAAUAUCAAAACCAAAUUAGGUGGACUACAGCGAUCGAUGCAACUCUAUCUUGCCAACAAAGACACCGAAUUCAUUCUUUUCCGACCUAUACGGAACAACAUCAUUGGCUCAUUUGUCAAAUUGGAACAGUUGUUAACAACCAACUCUUACAGUAACGACGACCUAACCGUUGUGAGCUGUCCGUCAGCGGAGCAAGUGUCGGUGUUACUGUCCAGCGUGAAUUUGAGUGGAAUCAGCGAAAUCGGGCCGAGAUCAGUGGAGUCCGGUGGAAAUGUUCAGAGAAAGAUUAGCUCCUCUUCGAUGAGUAGCACUGGCGGAGGAGCAACCACCGGAUCGAAACCACAAAUUGAAAAGAAGGUUAGCUUUGACAGUGGAGCCGAUAUGAUAGUGCAGAUCGAUGCACGCUCGGAAGAAAGUGAAACCAGUGAGGCUACGGCAAUAGAAAAUCCCCAGUAGCGGAAUGCUGUCGCUUGAUUCGUUUUCGUUGUAUGUACGUUGGGUAAUAUGUAAUAAAAUGAAAUGUUAAAUAUAUUAAAA